AAAAAUAUUAUGAAUGGACUCGCUUUUAGUAAUACAAGCAGGCUCAAUUAUUCGUUUAACAGAGGAAGAGGAGGGCUUACUUUAAGCGGAGAAUUCAGAACUGCAAAGUCAAAUUCCUCCCACAGACAAUCAGUACAACCUAAUUUUAUCCCUUCAAAAGUAUCUCUUGGGUCUAUUGGAUGGGGAUUGACUCCAAAACUUCACUCUGUUGAUACUGAAAAGCGUUCUUUAUCCACUUUCAGUAUUUUAAAAUCUCUUAGAAAGACUCCAACUCUAGUCAAGUCGAAGGAUAGGUUCCACAUAAAGAGGAUUGACAAGGAUCAUAACAUUACUGGAGCAGUUGGCUUCAUGAGAUUGCCAGGAAAGCUCUCUUCCAAAGUUGAUAGAGAACUCAAGAUGGAUAAUUCUACCUUCACAAGAAUGAAUAUCAACUACCAAAGAAAGUGAAUCCAAGAUAUCGUCAAAGAGAUGUCUCUUAAUACAGGGAAGAAGCAAUCUAUUCACCUCAAGAAAGCCUCUUAUAACAGAGGGAUUCCUAAGAGAAGUAUCUACCCCACAAUGAGAGAACUUCUUGAAAAUCCUGAAAGCAAAACUCUGAUAGGGUUUGAGAAGUGUCCUAGGUAUCAGAAAUGGAAAUCAAAUCAUGACCCUAAUCGUUCAGUAAUGGUGUCGAAGACUCCAUUAAAGAGCACUCGUGAGAGUAGUUUUUACAGAUCAACUUUUCAGUCAAGGAGACGCAGCUCCAACGGUCCUCCUGCUCAGAGGAGAAUGUAGGUAGAACCCUGAGAUC